CCAGUCAGCUGAGGGAGGAACUCAACAGAAAGUCAAGCAGGAAGCCGUUGAGGCAGCUAAACUACCCCGACCGCAAUAAACAGCGCUUUUAUCGCCACGACUCGCUAUAGUGUGCCUCUACAGCCGUUAUAUUCGACAUUUGAAUAGAUAUAAAACAAAACCAUGGCUUCCAUUUUCAAGAAGAAGACUGUCGACGAUGUCAUCAAGGAACAGUCGAGGGAGUUGCGCGGCACCCAGAGGCAGAUCACAAGAGACAGAGUGGCACUGGAGAGACAAGAGAAGCAAAUGGAAGCGGAGAUUAAAAAAAUGGCUAAGAGUGGUAACCGUGAGGCGUGUAAGAUCCUCGCCAAGCAGUUGGUCCAGUUGAGGAAGCAGAAGAACCGCACGUACGCCGUGAGCUCCAAAGUCACCUCCAUGUCGACCCAGACCAAGGUUAUGAACUCCCAAAUGAAGAUGGCCGGGGCCAUGUCCACAACAGCAAAGACAAUGCAAGCAGUGAACAAAAAGAUGGAUCCUCAGACGACCCUCAAGACAAUGCAAGAUUUCCAGAAGGAAAACAUGAAGAUGGGCAUGACCGAGGAACUGAUAAACGACACUUUUGACGAGGUCUUUGAUGAGUCUGGCGAUGAAGAGGAAUCUCAGGAUAUUGUCAGCCAAGUUCUGGAUGAGAUUGGUAUCGAGAUCUCAGGGAAGAUGGUCCGAGCUCCAGCUGCGGGAAAGAACAUCCCAGGCGCCGCCUCAUCCAAAAAGGCUACCAUCUCAGAUGACGAGAUCGAGAGACAGCUCCGUGCUCUGGGAGUGGACUAACAUUGUCUUUCAAACGGCGACUGUUCCACACACUGGCAUUGUCAAGGAUCUGAUGGUUACACAACACACACACACACACACACACACACACACACAUACAUACAUAACAAUGACAUGCACAGACAAACACAUAGCAUUGCCUUGCUGGUUGCUCCAGUUAUGCUCAAAUAUUUAUUAUGACAUUAGCAAGGCUGGAAGUGAAUGAAUGAGCCAUGCUUGACCCUAAAGAGCUAUAAGAUCUGUUGUUUGCAAUGUAACUAAUUCUCUUUGGAUGGCCUGCAGUCUAUAUGCAACCUUUUUCUUCCUGCUCUUUUACUCAAACUGAAGUAAAACAGGAUCGAUGGAAAACCUUUUCCUCAUUCGGGGUCAUAAAAUGCAGAAUUUAUUUGCUUUGUCUUUGAAUUGGAUCAAACAUUAGACUUCUGGGAGCACUUUUUCAUGCAUGCAGCAAGCAUAUAGUGAACGAGUGCCAACUCGCAAGUUAAAUCCUCUGUCUCACUUGAAAAUAAUUGGAGAUAAAACUGCUGCAAUGCUGUGCUGACUUUCUGAGACAAGCCAGUCCCACACAGACUGCUGGUACUAGUGAAGACAUAUCACUAUGCUUCAUUCUCAGUACUUAUUCGAGGGCUUCUGGGGGUUUCUUUGUUGGUGUUUGUUACUGAUGAUCUUGUAUAAAACACGGGAGUUCUUCAGCGAUUGCGGGAUGGCGCCGGUCCCGUAGUCCCUUUUGUCUUUCAGCUGCUGUGCAGUUACGGUUACACUUUUUCAGCUGCCUCUUCUCCCAAAACACUAUUCUGGUAUAUUUGCUUUUUUUAUUUUUUCACUGUGAUGCCAGAGGUUUUCUUCCUCAAGAACUGGAGCUGAUUGUUCUCUUCAGAGUUCCAGCGUCAGGCGUCAUGAAUGACUUUUAUCUCUGGACUUUUCUCUCUUUCGUUUCCUCUUGCAAUUUCUGCAGGUGCCACUCAUGCACAACACCUAACUAAUUUAAAUGAAUCAUUCAUUCCUAAACAUCUACUGAGCAAAUACACAGAGGAAACUCCUCUUACAGUUUGAUUGCUAGGAACAUUUUUUGUGUGUAUGUACACUUGAUUGCUAUGACUAUGUAAAUGGGUUUUUUUAAGUAAUAAAAUGUCUUCAGGUACAAUCUUUUA